AUGGUGAACUCAGGGAGACCGUCGAUGGGAUGGUUCAGUUGCAAAGAGGGGCGAGUUAAGUGUGACCUCCAACGCCCAUCGUGUAGGCGAUGCAUACGCCUGAAGCGAAGUUGUCCAGGCUAUCCGGAUAGUUGGGAACUAGUGCAUCGUCAGCAAAACGAACAAGCCUCGGGGAACGUGCAGCUGAGGAUCGAAAAGCGUCAACGCCAGAGAGAGCGCAACAGGGGCGCGGUGACCUCUUCCGCCUUGCCCUCUGCCGCCGUACCUACAUCAAUUCCCAGGGCUGUUGACGUCAGCGUUGAAGAACCCUGUGUCUACUUGCUGUACAACGACUAUUGCUUCAACUCCAGUGUGGGCGUGUUCGAAGCACUCCCGUUUCUCGCUUCCAUCCGGCCUUCCGCCCCUUUCUUGCAUGCCCUCAACGCUGCGACUUUGGCCAAUUCUUCUAACCGUCUGAACCAGUACGGGCUUUUAGUCAAGGCGAAGAGGGCGUAUUGGGUUGCGGUUUCCGGCUUGCAGAGACAGAUCAGAGAGCCUGAAUCGAUGCGAAAUGACUCCCUCCUGGCAUCCGUCUUUUUGCUUGGCCUCUUCGAAGUGAGCGCACUUGCCCUUCUCCAACAUCGGAUUAGGCAUAAGCUUGAUAACCUGACAGACCUCCUUGAGAUUUUCGUUGCACGUACUGAUCCAAGUUCACUCGACGCUGACUUCAAGAAUCCGCGGGCUGACUUGGCUCGAUUUCCUGAAGUUGAGCCUGUCAUUCAACAAUCUGUUGACUUGAUCGGACAACUUCGCCUUUCAGUGUCCUCUGCUAGCCCCCAAGUGUCGACUGUGAACGCAGCAGAGCUGAUCAAACGUACUGUCAAUGUCAUCGGAGAGCUCGGGCGCGUGGCAACCCUCACAGCCCUGGAAAAAGGUUCCGUCCCUGAGGCCGGGUACUUUAACAGCUUACUAGCGGCAGAUACUCAGACCAGUGUUGCGAUAGCCAAGAGUUUGUACCUGGCCGCCCGCUUGCACCUGACUGAAAUGUUUUUCUCACGCGUCGGAAGUUUUGCCUUUCUUGUUGAUUUUGCUCUGGAGUCUGUCGUUGUCGGCCAAAUUUGCGAACAGAUACGCAAUGUUUUCGAGUUAGGCGGAAAUUUCAAGCACUCGGCGGGGGAACCAGGGACGGCACUGCGUGUGUUUUUCAUGUCUUGGCCGACCCUGGCUGUUUUGCAGUCCAGUAUUGCAAGCGAAGAGACAAAGUCGUGGGUUCGGGAUCUGCUCCAGGUCAGAAGCCAGCAAGGAGGGGUUGGAUUUGUGUCGAAGGUUCCGGAAGAUGUACUGCAUUGA